ACUCUAAAUCUCCAUCAACUAAAGACAAUGGCAAAGUUGUGAUAUCACCGCUUGGUCCCGGUGGAUCCGCAAGUAUCAAAUUCCUAUUCGAUUACAACCCAAGAGCCAACAACACGUCUCGGGUGGGAAAGGAUCGCCAAGGAUGACUAUUCCAGAGCCCAUCGCCAUUAUUGGAAGUGGCUGUCGUUUUCCAGGUAACGCAAAUACGCCCGAAGCGCUGUUUGACGUACUCCGCAAUCCCCAUGAUCUCCUCAGUGAUAUUUCUGAGGAUAGGUUUAGCACACGCGGAUAUUAUCAUGAGAAUGGACAAUACCAUGGACACACGAACGUCCGGCAGUCGUAUCUUCUAUCCGGGGAGGGUACACAUCGGCGCUUCGAUGCCCAAUUCUUCGGGAUCAGUCCGACGGAAGCCAAUGUCAUCGAUCCUCAGAUGCGGCUCCUCUUGGAGACCGUUUAUGAAGCCCUCGAGGACGCUGGGCAAACGAUUAAAGGGCUGCAGGGGUCUAAUACAGCGGUUUACGCUGGCUUGAUGACUUCUGACUACGAACAUAUGAUGAGCCGCGAUGAGGACUCUAUGGGUACAUACCACGUGACAGGAACCGCCAAAUCGCUGCUAUCGAACAGGAUAUCAUACUUCUUUGACUGGCAUGGGCCGUCUAUGACUAUCGAUACAGCUUGCAGCUCUAGUCUCUACGCUGUACAUCAUGCCGUGCAGCAACUCCGCUCGGGGGCAUCACGCGUUGCCGUUGCUGCAGGAGCCAACCUCCUAUUAGAUCCCGUUGGGUAUGUCGGGGAAAGUAAGCUGCAGAUGUUGAGUCCCGGCAGCAGAUCGCGGAUGUGGGAUGCGAGUGCUGACGGUUAUGCGCGAGGAGAGGGCGUUGCGGCUAUUAUCUUGAAGACGUUAAGUGACGCUGAGAAGGACGGGGACAAGAUCGAUUGCAUUAUUCGCGAGACAGCCGUGAAUCAGGAUGGACGGACAAAGGGAAUAACUGUACCGAGUGCUAAAGCACAAGCGAGCUUGAUCCGUGAUUGUUAUAACCGGGCUGGCUUAGAUAUCUCCAGUCCCGCUGACCGACCGCAAUUUUUUGAAGCUCAUGGGACCGGAACACCUAGUGGAGAUCCAAUAGAAGCUGAAGCAAUUAGCAGCGUCUUUUUCAACCACAGCAUAAACAACACCCAGACUCGGAGUUUAGAACCGCUACUGGUCGGAUCGAUAAAAACAAUUUUAGGGCAUACAGAAGCAGUGGCUGGCUUGGCAGGAAUCCUUAAGGCUUCAUUAGCACUGCAGCAUUCAGUUGUGCCUCCUAAUCUCUUGUUCAAUCGUCUCAACCCCAAAAUUAAACCCUUUUACGAUAAUUUACACAUCCCUACCACCGCUACGCCAUGGCCUAUUGUAUCGGAAAGCAGUCCUCGCAGGGCGAGUGUUAAUAGUUUUGGUUUCGGUGGUGCUAAUGCCCACGCCAUCCUAGAAAGCUAUUCUGAGCCCCCGAGGAAGGGUAACAGUAAUAAUCAGGGAUUCUACCCAUUCAUAUUCUCAGCAGCCUCUGAGACUUCUUUAAUCCGCUACCUAGAAUCUUUCUACGAUUAUCUUAGGACUAACGGAGCAAGCCUAAAUAUGCGAGACUUAGCUUAUACAUUAAAUUCCCGGCGCACGAGAUUUCCUUUUGUGGUUUCUCUUUCGGCCUGUACGGCAAAACAGUUGGCGUUAAAGAUAGAUGAGUAUAUCGAGAAAUCAAAAUUGGACAGUGGAGAUCUUUUAGGAGCUCAACCAUCAGAGAACACUACGCCUAAAGUAUUGGCAAUUUUUACAGGCCAGGGUGCUCAAUGGGCUCGCAUGGGUGCAAGACUGGUCACAGAAUCUGCGUCUGCUCGACGCGUACUUGAGAAGCUUCAAGCACGGCUAACUCGUUUACCGAUCGAGGAUCGUCCGUCAUGGCUCCUCAUAGAAGAACUUAGAAAAGAGGCCAGCUCUUCUCGCGUGAACGAAGCAGAAUUAUCGCAGACUCUUUCAACUGCAGUAGGUAUUCUUCUUGUGGAUAUCCUGCGGGAAUCUCAUGUUGAACUGACUGCUGCCGUGGGUUUCUCAUCUGGUGAGAUAACCGCGGCCUACGCGGCAGGGAUAAUAUCGGCCGAAGAUGCCAUAUGUAUCGCUUACUACCGUGGAUUACACGCCAAGUUAGCACAAGGACCAGGAGCGCAGGCCGGCGCGAUGCUGGCAGUAGGAACUUCGGCUGAUGAUAUGGAGGAUCUCCUUCAAGAACCUGAAUUCGAAGGACGUGCCUGUGUAGCUGCUGUCAACUCAUCGGCCAGUGUUACACUUUCUGGAGAUAUAGAUGCUAUCGGAGAAAUAAGCAUCGUUUUAAAGGAUGAGAAAAAGUUCUCCAGACUCCUGAAAGUAGACAAGGCUUAUCAUUCGCACCACAUGAUCCCAUGUUCGGCAGCCUACCUUAGUUCAUUACGAGAGCUCAACAUCCAAACAAACGCCUGUUCACGGUGUACCUGGUUCUCAAGCGUUUAUGAGGACGAUGCUGCUAAUUUAACGAGGUCUCUCGAAGGUCCAUAUUGGGAUAGCAACAUGCUAAAUCCUGUACUUUUCAAGCAGGCCGUAGAGCGUGCAUGCCUCGAAACAGGUCCAUUCGAUAUUGCUAUCGAGAUAGGGCCGCAUCCAGCUUUGAAAGGACCUACUAUUCAGGUUAUCCAGGAUGUCACGGACCGCACUAUCCCGUAUACUGGUCUCCUUCAGCGUGGUGUUGAUGAUAUAGAGGCACUUGCAAGUGGCCUUGGUUAUAUCUCGAAACAUACAGGAGACGGCUUUGUGGAUUUCAAGUCGUACGACUCUUUUAUGUCCGGUGCUGGUAAUCCGGAGUUGGUUAAGAUGCUUCCGCCGUACUGCUGGAAUCAUAAGGAAUAUUGGCACGAGUCAAGAUACUCGAGAGCUGUACGCGGGCGAUCAGACAGUGUCCAUGAGCUCCUUGGGCAUUUGACUCCUGAUUCCACUGAACGAGAGAUGAGGUGGCGACAUCUACUUCGACCAAAGGAAAUACUAUGGUUAAAAGGCCACCAGCUCCAGAACCAAAUGGUUUUCCCAGCUGCAGGAUAUGUGGUAUCUGCCCUAGAGGCAUCCAAAGUCAUGCUCCAGGGGGCUUCCGCUUCGACUAUCGAGGUUUCGAAACUUGAAAUCGGGCAGGCGCUCACAUUCGACAACGCUGACUCAAGUAUAGAAACUUUAUUCUCCGUAUCAAAUAUUAAUCGGACCGGCAACAAAGAGAUUACCGCCAAAUUCACAUUUAAUGCAGCAACUGGUAGAAAGAAAGAUGUACUUGACGUACUUGCCAGUGGUGAUAUUCGCAUAUGUCUUGGCGAUCCUUCACCUGUAGCACUUCCAGCUAGGGGUGCGCGGCCUCCAAAUCUCAUCGCACUUAAAGCGGACGAUUUCUAUAAUGCUCUAGCGAAAUUAGAAUAUCAGUAUUCCGAUGACUUCGUUGCGCUGUCAGGUCUUGAGCGAAAGCUCGGCACUGCUACUGGGUUUAUACAAGACAUACAAGGGUCACAUCUACUUGUACAUCCAGCGAUACUAGAUGCGUCUUUCCAAUCCGUGCUACUGACUGCCUCGGCUCCUGAGGAUGGCGGGAUCUGGUCUAUGCAUGUGCCGAGAAGGAUAGAGAACAUUAUUAUCAACCUAGAAUUAUGUAUGUCGGAAAUGUCAAGAGGAAAACGGUUGCCUUUCGACGCUUUUCAGCCGAAUGGCAUCUCGACGAUCGCGGGUGACGUAGACAUCUUUCCAGAGGGUUCACACCAUGCUAUGAUUCAAAUCGAAGGGCUAGAAUGUGUUCCAUUCUCACCAGCUAUGGAGAAAGACGACAAGAUAUUGUUCUCUUCCACGAUAUGGAGUAAUAUGCUCCCAAAUGCCAUGGAUGUCACCGAUAAUGGCCUCGUGGCACCUCAACAGCAUGAUAUCGCCUGUGUACUCGAACGAAUGGCUUGCUUCUAUUUACGUGAACUUGUUCGCGCCGUUCCACCUGGUCAUAGGUCGAGGCGCGAGGGUCCGUACAUAUCAUUCUUCAAAUUUGCCUCUUACGCAUUGUCUCGCGCGAAAAGCCGCGGCAAGCCUUACUGGGAGCCUGAGUGGGAAAACGACACUCCUGAAACAAUAAUAAGAGCAUCUACCGCCCACGAAGAUGUUAUUGACGUUCGAUUAUUACAUGCUAUAGGCCAGAGACUUGCUGAUAUCGUCAUGAACAAUGCACCAGCCAUCGAAAUAGGCAUGAGAGAUAAUCUCUUAGGGAAGUAUUACAAAGAAGCGAUUGGGAUGCAAGAAUAUACACAGUAUAUCGCACGUACAAUCAAACAACUUACCUUUCGGUCUCCUCGACUCCAAUGCUUGGAAAUUGGAGCAGGCACUGGAGGUGCCACCAUCGAAAUCCUCAAAGAGACAGGACGGUCGUUUUCAUCAUACACUUUUACUGACGUUUCAUCUGGAUUUUUCGACUCUGCAGAAAGUGUUUUUAAUAGUCUUACGGACUAUAUGCUUUUUAAAGUACUUGAUAUCACUAAAGAUCCUUGCCUUCAAGGCUUCGAGAAGCACUCAUACGAUUUAAUUAUAGCAUCUAUGGUACUACAUGCUACACCGAAUCUGCACCAAACAUUAAGGAACGUUAGACGUUUGCUGCGACCUGGAGGUUAUCUCGUCGUCCUAGAAGUACAAAAUGACGCGCCAGCUCGCACUGGUACCAUAUUCGGCGCAUUUCCUGGUUGGUGGGUAGGCGAAAAUGAGGGACGCGAAUUAUCGCCUUGUGUCGACCUCGUAGAUUGGGAUGAAUUACUUCGCAAAUCUGGAUUUUCCGGCUGCGACACUACUACACCCAAUCCAGACUCGUUCGUUCACGCAAUGACAGUGUUUGUGUCGCAAGCUGUCGACGAUAGGAUGACUUUCAUCAGAGACCCUCUUUCCAAUUCUCUUGUAGCCUUCAAUUCAGGUCAUCUCAUAACGGAUCUUGUCAUUCUUGGUGGACGCAGCCUUAAAACAGCCAAGCUAAAAGCACAAUUGGAACCUCUCCUAAGGCCAUUUUGCGGUAACACCAAGACUUUUAAGUGCCUAGCAGAAAUAGAAUCGGCUGAAAUCACUUCAAAAACUGUCAUAUUGAGUCUUAUAGACUUAGACAGACCGAUUUUUAAGGAAAUAGACAAAGUGACAUGGGAUGCGAUGAUUUCUAUGUUUCAAGAGGCGGGUGCAGUGCUCUGGAUCACUGAAGGUCGCCGAGCAGCCAACCCAUAUGCGAACAUGAUCUGUGGGCUGCUUCGGUCUGUGAUAAACGAGAUCCCGGGUCUCGAUGUUCAAUUUAUCGACUUUGAAGAUCCUAAGAGUUUAGAUGCUAGAACAAUCGGGGAAGCCCUUCUCCGCUUCAAAGCCGUGGCUGACUGGAAACACAGCGAUCAUCAUAAGUUUGAAGAAAAUUCAUUCACUACUCUUGAGCGAGAGAUAAUUAUUGAGAAAGAUGGUCGACUGGUCAUUCCUCGCAUGUUGCCGAAAAAGGAGUUGAACGAUCGCUAUAACUCUUCUCGACGCCCCAUCUCUAAUCUGAUUGAUCCUUCAAACCAUGUGGUCAGUCUUGUAACUACAGCCUCUGGUUACAAUCUCCAACACGAGUCGGAAAUAUUUUCUGGGGUAAAUUUGGACUCAGCCGCUGGACGCAUUACACAUUCACUCUUAGCUCCUAUUCAAGUCGCCGGACGAGGCCAACUCUUCUUAUCCCUUGGUGUAGUGCCAGAAUCCCGGGCUCAGUUUGUAGCUUUUUCGACUAAGAAUACGUCCGCACUGUCUCGGGAUACUUUCUUCCAAGUCCCUGUAGAAGUGGCGCCGGGCUUGGAGGCGUCAUUCCUAUACUUAACUCGCCUACUCAUCUUGGCUUCUCAGAUCUUUGAGAGCGCUGAAGAUGGCGACAAAAUCCUAAUUCAUGAGCCAACUUCCGAAUUUAUCACAAUUGUUAAGGAAAAGGCUCGAGCUAAAAACAUUAAUGUUGCGUUCACUACUAGCUACGAUGACAAAGCCACAGCUUGUAUUCUCAUUCAUCCUAACUCUCCUAAACGAGCCUUGAGAAAUCUUAACCUUGGAUCAGUGACUGCGUUCCUAGAUCUUGCUGGUACCGAUGAAAGCAGGCAUAUCGCUGGUCAAUUACGCUCCCAGUUGACCACCUUUUGCAGGUGCCAAUCAAUAUACGCAAACGUUGAUGAAGGUGGCCGAUUACCUUCAUCAAUAAAUGUUAGCAAAGUUCGAGAUCAGUUACAUAGAAAUGUUAUUGACGCCACCAACGAGCUUCCGAAGCUCACAAGACCCGAUCGGCCAUACAGAAUAGUCAAACCUGGAGAUAUAUCCGAAUACGACCAUAUGCUUGCACCACAGUCCAUCGUCGACUGGAGCAUAGAAGAUAAAGUAUUGACCAGAGUAAUGCCUAUCGAUUCUCAGUUCAUGUUCUCGGGCUUAAAGACAUAUUGGCUUGCCGGUCUUAGCGGUAGCCUUGGUAUUUCACUAUGCGAAUGGAUGGUCCGCCAUGGGGCGCGAUACCUAGUCGUGUCGAGUCGGACACCUAAGGUUGAAGAUUCUUGGUUGGAAGAGAUGGCGACCCUUGGUGCCGUUAUCAAGAUCUGUACAUGUGACCUUACCAAGGAAGAUGAGGUAGUGUCAUUGUAUACAGAAAUCUGUUCGACACUUCCUCAGAUAGGAGGAGUUGCCCAAGGCGCCAUGGUGUUACAAGAUACUGCGAUCAGUGAAACGAGUCUUGAGACAUUUGAGAAGGUCAUACGGCCAAAAGUGGACGGAAGUAUACACCUAAACAAUCUAUUCCAACAGGAUACCUUAGACUUUUUCGUCUUCUUCUCGUCUGCCUCGGUGGCCAUUGGAACCCCAGGCCAAUCUCCAUACGUAGCUGCGAAUAUGUUCAUGGCCAGUCUAGCUGAGCAACGCAGACAACGUGGUCUGGCAGCAUCCGUCAUCGGCAUUGGCCCGAUCAUUGGAGCAGGUUACAUAGCCCAGCAGCAAAUCAGUAUCGCGACCGUCAAAAAGCCAUACGCGUACAUGCAAAUGUCGGAGCGAGACUUUCAUCAAUUAUUUACCGAAGGCGUCGCGGCCAGCCGUUCCAACUCGAUCGAGAUCGCAACAGGCGUCAGGAGAGUUCGAAUAGACGAAGAACUCCAGCCAAUCUGGGCUGAAAAUCCAUUAAUGAGUCAUUACCUUCUAAAUGGAGAAAGUGUGAGCAACACUUUCACCGGCAGGAAGGCGAAAGAGCCCCUCAAGAUACAACUCCUUAGUGCACAAAGUCAUGGUGACGUCCGUCGCCUGAUCAAAGAAGCCCUACUUGAGAAGCUGGGGAUCUUACUUCAACUUGAUGUCGAUACUAUAGAUCAAGCCAGACUUGAGGCCACUCGCCUAGACGAGCUUGGUCUUGAUUCAUUAAUGGCAACUGAGAUCCGCGCCUGGCUGUUGAAGAAUCUUCAGGUCAAUUACCCUGUUCUUAAGAUACUAAGUGGCAUUUCUAUCUUCGAACUAAUAGAAGCUGCUGUUGAUGGGAUACCACAAGAAAUGAUUCCAGGCGUAGAAAGUUCGCCCGAACUUCUCUCCACUACACCAGCCCAGGCCGACAUCCAAUCGUCAUCCGCUAGUGACUCAAUGCUCUCGGAGACCGCUAGCUUAGGUGAUGAUACCGCUUCCACAUCAUCCUUAUCAGAACUAGCUGUCGAUGCGCACGUACCGUCGAGCUCAGAGCCUGUUGUCUUCGCUUCAAUGAACUUAUCUUCAGCGCAAAGCAUGUUCUGGAUUGUCUCUCAAUUAUUUGAAGACAGAGCCAGCCUCAACUUUGCCGGAGCAUGUCGAAUUACGGGACCCCUUAACUUCUCUAGCCUGGAGCAAGCCGCUAAGACAGUUGGUCAACAACACGAGGCUCUCCGGACACGUUUUGCGGUCUCGAAUGGACAAGUACUACAGGAAAUCAUGGGUUCAAGCAUCAUAAAGCUUGAGAGGCGAGAAAUUAAAGAUGAUCAAGCCAUGGCUGCAGCGAUUAUCCAAACGGCAGAAGAAGUACAAAAAUAUCAUUAUAAUCUUAAAGAAGGUGAAAGUCUUCGGCUAAUUCUUCUUUCUUCUUCGCCUACUCACCAUUGCCUUAUCAUGGGCACGUCCCAUCUCUGCAUGGAUGGCCUGUCAAUCCAGGUCUUUUUAACCGAUCUAUUCCGACACUACAAUAAAGAGACAGUCAGUCAAGAAACAUUCCAGUAUCGAGAUUACGUUCAACUACAGCGACACGCCUUGGAUUCUGGUGGGUUCGAAAAGGAGUUCCGCUUCUGGCAAACCCAAUAUCCUAAUUUCCCACCUCCGCUUCCGAUUCUUCGCGUGUCGCGUGCCAGAACGCGUCCAAGCCUAACGACAUUCGACGACGAUAGGGUAGAAAUAAAAAUUAGCUUCGAAACAAAGUCACAGCUCCAAGCAGUCUGUCGGAGAUGCAGAGUCACACCGUUUCACUUCUACCUAGCCUGUUACCGCGCUCUCCUGUCCCGGUAUGCGGAUGCAGAAGACCUGUCAAUUGGUAUUGGAGAUGCCAACAGGACCGAAGACAGGAUGAUGAGCGGUAUAGGUGUUUUUAAUAAUGUGUUACCCCUACGAUUCCGCACCAAUCUUUCAAGCAAGUUCGAAGAUGUCCUGCAAGAAACCCGUACUAUAGCUUAUGCUGGUCUGGAAAAUUCAAGAAUACCAUUCCAGGCUCUUCUAGAAAGACUACAACCCCCGAGAUCGACUACACAUACCCCCAUAUUACAAUGCUCUGUCAACUACCGACAAGGCCAACGUAAGAAGGAGGUCUGGGGUGAUAAUGAACUUGAGUUACUCUCAAUUAAUGUCUCCAAGACUGGUUACGACUUGACUCUUGAUAUCAACGAUGAUCCGAAAGGAGAUUGUUUGGUCGCAUUCAUCAUACGAAGUGACCUCUACCGCAAGUCCGAAGCAGAGAUCCUCAUCAAGAGCUACGAAAGGCUCGUCAAAGCAUUUGCCACAGAGUCGAAUAUUGCCCUAAGUCAGCCGAGCAUGUACGAGCAUGCUGAUACCGUGACAUCGAUGAACUUCAGUCGAGGUCAAGAACGUUCCACUCUAUCCUCCGAAACAGUCAUUCACAGAAUCCAUUAUAUCUCGCAGACGUUCCCGAAUACAGUGGCAAUAGAAGAAAAUACAGGAAACAUGACAUAUACAGAAUUAAUGAGACUGUCUUCAUUUAUCGCAACAACUUUGACCGCAUCCGGAGUAGGAGUCGGGUCCAGAAUCGCCACUCUUCAAGAGCCAACGGCCCGUUGGGUUGCAUCUGCCCUAGCUAUUAUGAGAAUCGGUGCAAUUUAUGUACCGCUCGACCUUUCCAUUCCUUGGGCGAGGCUUGCUACGAUUGUGAAUGAUUGCAAUCCUGAUAUUGUCCUACUCGAUGACGCCACGAAGCUUGGGUUUCACGAGCUGCAAAGGCCUGAGAUGCUAUUCAUAAAUGUAUCAGAGUUACAUCCUGCACAACAGCUAUCACCAAUUUCAGCAACCGCAAAGAGCCCUGCUAUUAUCCUGUAUACAAGCGGUUCUUCGGGGACCCCAAAGGGCGUCACAUUAACACAUGAAGGCAUACAAAACUGGAUAGCGCCAGCGCAAGAGAUCUAUGGCAUUAGCAUUGGCGCUGAGACCAUACUACAGCAGAGCGCAUGCACGUUCGAUAUGUCCUUUGAGCAGAUGUUUUUCGCACUCUACUUCGGGGGAAGGCUUCAUCUCCUGCCAAGAAGUCUCCGCGGCGAUGCUUGUGCCAUAACUGACUUGAUUGCUCGAAAGAAUAUCACCUUCACUAUUGCCACUCCGACGGAAUAUUCCAGUUGGCUUACUCACAGGCAUACUAGUACUCUUCCAUCUUGCAAAUGGAGGUUGGCUAUAAGCGGGGGCGAAGCUGCCACCCAUGGUUUGGUGGCGCAAUUCCGAGAUUUGCGCAAGACCGAUCUCCGCUUGUUCAAUUCUUACGGACCUACCGAAACGACUGUGAUAGCGACGUCUAUGGAACUAAAGUACGCAGAUACCGAGUCACUAUACGAUAGCAUUGCAGCAGGAUUCACGCUACCGAAUUAUUCCGUUUAUGUGGUUUCCGAGGAUCUCAGUCUCGUUCCCCCUGAAUUUCAGGGGGAGAUAUAUAUCGGUGGACCUGGUGUCGCGAUUGGCUACCUCAAUAACCCAAUUCUAACCGCUGAAAAAUUUGUUCCCGACGUGUUUGCGACAGAUGAAGCGAAAGCGAAAGGUUGGACCACGAUGCAUCGUACCGGAGAUCUGGGUCGUUGGACGAAAGAUGGCGCCCUCAUAAUCGAGGGUCGCAUAUCUGGGGAUACGCAAAUCAAGAUACGCGGGAUCCGGAUGGACCUUAAGGAGAUUGAAAACGCAAUACUUAAAGCAGCUUGUGGCUCCUUGACUGAUGUAGUAGUGUCGGUUCGUCGGUCCACACCGGAAUCGCCUCAAUUCCUUGCCGCGCACGUCGUUUUCGAUUCACAGCACCCUGAAGAAGAGCGCGAGGGCCUCCUACGAUCUUUACCUGCUUUAUUUCCAUUGCCAAAGUAUAUGUGUCCGGCGGCCAUCAUUCCUAUUCACCAAAUGCCAAGAACUAGUUCCGGUAAGCUCGACAGGAAGGCCAUCGGCACAUUGCCUUUACAGGAAAUAAUUAAACGCGACGAUGAGAGUUACGACGGUAUGCUUACCGAAACCGAAAUGCAGCUGAGAGAUAUCUGGGUCGCGAUCAUCCAAGAACAGUUCAAGAACUCGCAACUCAUAACGCCAGACACGGAUUUCUUCCACGUUGGGGGCACAUCAUUGCUCCUUCUUAGCCUCCGAGCGGCUAUCCGCGAAUCAUUCGGCGUCAAUUUGCCUGUAAUUAACUUGCUUGAAGCGAGCACCCUGGAAACAAUGGCCCAGUUGAUAAAUAACGGAGUAGUUCCCUCGGAUACAAUUGAUUGGGAUGAAGAAACCAGACCGAGCAUAGCCACCACAGAAGUAGCACAAGCAAAUGUUCAAAAAGCACCACGAGACAGCAGCGUAAUCGUUCUUACAGGCUCAACAGGGUUCCUCGGCCGCGCCAUCCUAUCCGCUCUCCUCGCGGACGACAAAAUUCACAAAGUCCACUGCAUCGCAAUCCGCGGCCUCCCCGACCGCAAAGACAUCCCUCGGCACCCUAAACUCCACCUUCACGCCGGCGAUCUCACACUCCCGCGCCUUGGCCUCGCCGCCGAUACCGCGCGCGAAAUCUUCGCCGAGGCAGACUGCGUCAUCCACGCCGGAGCGCAGGUCUCGCACGCGCAAUCGUAUCGGUCACUCCGUGCGCCAAAUCUGCAAUCAACAAAAGAGCUGGCUCAGUUGUGUCUCCCGUGCCGCAUCCCGCUACACUACAUAUCCACCGCCCAAGUCGGUGUGUACUAUGCCUCAAACACGGGCUGCAGAGAGUUCCCCGAGGUUUCAGCCGCUGCAGCCAAACCCCCACGCAUUGAAUUUGAGGGGUACGCAGCGAGUAAAUGGGCUAGUGAAUGUUUCUUAGAGAGGGUGCAGGAGGAGUUGGGGGCUGGCAGUGGGUGGGGGUGGGAGGUUGUGGUACAUAGGCCAACGAUGAUAUCACGUAGCGGAGAUGUGGAUGAGGAGAGGGACAUUAUAGGGAGUAUUCGCAAGUUUGCGGCGCUAAUGGGCGCUGUGCCUGCGGUGCCGAAUUAUCGUGGCUUUCUAGAGACGGUAAGAUUGGGGGACGUUGUGGCUGGAAUUAUGGGCGCGGUGAAGACGGGUGAUUCGAUGGUGUCAGGAGUAAGGUUCUGCCAUUACGUCGGUGGAGAGUGUAUUUCACUAGAUGAUCCAGCGAGUGCAGUUUUCCUUAAAUUAGGUAGGGGUGAGAGAGAGACCGGUAAACCUGUCGAGGAGUUACCACCACCGGAGUGGGCGAAGAGGGCGGCUGAGCUGGGCUUGCAUCCUCAUGUUGUGAAGUGGGUUGAGAGUGCAGCGGUAGGGCGGGAACAGGUUUUCCCUAGGGUUGUGAAGGGAAAUCAGGUAGUUGAGUAGAUCAAUUGAUGUUUUGGGAUGUAUGGCGUUGUUGGCGUUAAGCCAGUUACGUACACUUGGGUAUCUGCUUAGGUACCUAUCAAGCGUC